AUGGAGGUCUUCGCUCCACUUUUUCUGAAAUUGAGGGCUAAACAACAACAGGAGGCAGGCAUGGAGGCAGAAAAAGCCAUGAUCCUCUGCAAACUCUGCCUGACGGAUUGUCCUGAGCUGGAGACCAGCACGCUGCAGUCCUGUAACUGUGUGUUCUGUGUUCAGUGUUUAAGGCAGUAUGUCCAGCUGGCAAUUCAGGGAGGCGCAGGCAGUGCCAUCACCUGCCCUGAUCCGGCCUGCAAGAACCCUGGAACUCUGCUGGACUCUGAGCUCGCCUCGUUUGCUCCCAGUGAUCAGGUUGAGCUCUAUCAGCGGCUACGAUUUGAAAGAGGAGUUCAGUUAGACCCCAAUAAGGCUUGGUGUCCCAUGCUGGACUGCCAGGCUGUGUGCAGUGUGACGCCCGGAACCGAAGGCAAACCGCUUCCCGUCCCCUGCCCGGCCUGCCAUGCCGUCUUCUGCUGCGGCUGCAGAAGCCCCUGGAUCGACGGUCACUCCUGCUCCCAGCACCAGCCACUGAUGGCUCCGUCAGCUGACAGUGCACUGAGCAGCGCCGAUACUGAUGCAGCCAUUAAACAGUGUCCGAUGUGUGGCGUCUAUAUAGAGCGCAAUCAAGGCUGCGCACAGAUGCUCUGCAAGAGCUGCAAACACACUUUCUGCUGGUACUGCCUGCAGAACCUGGAUGGCGAUAUAUUUCUGAGACAUUACGAUAAAGGACCGUGCCGAAACAAGCUGGGGCACUCCAGAGCUUCCGUCAUGUGGAACAGGACACAGGUGGUUGGUAUACUGGUGGGCGUCAGCAUCAUCGUGCUAGUCACGUCCCCGCUGCUGCUGCUGGCCUCUCCCUGCAUCCUGUGCUGCGUGUGCAAACCCUGUCAGGCCAAGAACACCAAGAAAAAGAAGAAGAAAGACAAGAAGCCAUCAGAUUCCACAGCGUAGGAGAACUCCUAAGAAUCAACAGGCGUAGCAUCCUCCACGUGCCAAUCCUCAGUCUCGCUAGCCAGGUGCACAAGUGCCUCAUUCUCAGUGCCUGGUGAAGUUAGCGGAUUUAUUUUGCCUUCCGGUGCAUUAUGGGAAAAAGAAGCAUGUUGUUUACUGAGUAAACAACAUCUGUAAUGGAAUGGCCCUUUCUCCACUAAGCUGUAUAUAUAUAAAAAAAAAAAUAUAUAUAUAUAUAUAUAUAUACACACACACACACACACACACAUGAACUGUAGCAAUGAGUUCAACUCUUUAUUUCCAUGUAGCCUUCCGGACCAAAGGCCCUGCUGUUUAUUUCCGUGUACUAUAAUAUGUAAAUACUGUAUUUAUGAGUCUGGGUACUGUCCUGUGUUCUUUUUACAUUUGUUGAUUUUUCUGCAUCAGAUAUUUUAUAACUUCAUUACAAUAAACUAAACACCUGAGCAGUGAAA